AUGGAGGACAUCAGAAUUAAGACAGAUUUAAACCUGGAUGAUGGACACACGUCUUCGUUAUUAUCUUCAUCCUCUACUCCGUCCUCAGUGUGUGCUGAGCAGGACGUGUUGGUGGUGCGGAUGUGUGCUCUCCAGUUACACAGCCUCAGUGGUGUGUGUGUGUUCAGAGCUCUGAGAGUGUGUGUACUGUGUGAUAACUCCAUCACCGACAUCGAACCGCUGCAGCAGUGUGUGAACUUAAUGAAGCUCGACCUCAAAGGCAACCAGAUCUCACAGCUUCCUGAAGCUUCAUUCUGGAAGAAUCUAAAGGAUUUACAGCUGCUGUUCCUACAUGAUAACAAUGUUUCUGUGAUGAACCAUGUGUCAGGUCUAAGUGUUUCUCCGUCCCUGAGUGCUUUAACGCUGUAUGAAACACCACUGAGUAGGACAAGAAACUACAGACACUGUGUCAUUAACAGCAUCAUCAGCCUGAAGGCCCUGGACCAUCAUGUUAUCUCAGAUGAAGAGAUCAUUGAAAAUUGGAAACUUCCUCUCAGAUUUCAAGCCAUGGCACCAAAUUUAUCUCUCAGUCUGUAUUCAUCGGCAACCACGCAUUCAGAUGAAAUGAAAGCACUGCAUCGAAUAAUUGCAGAAAUAAAUAGAGUCCAAGCCUCAUUUUCUCCAACACUCAUCAUACAGAAGUGGAUAAGAGGCCAUUUGACCAGGAAACAUCUGGGAUUGUGUGGAGCACCUGUUCCUCUAAAAACCUUAGUGAGGAAUGUGACUUCAGUGAGUUCGGUAUGGGAGAUCAGCAGAAGAUCUUGGAUUAGGAGUGAUCCUCACAUUUUGGAACUACAGAAGGACAUGUUGAGCAUUAGAUCUUUCCACAGCAAGAGCCUGACGGACCUCAAACCACCUUGUAACACUCCUCAGCCACAUAACCAUGGAAACCAUCUCAAUAUAAGCUUUCUGGAUGAACGUCCUGGUGAGAUGAUGGGGUUGAAGACUUAUUGUCUGUUUGGCUGUAAGGCCAUGACGUAUUUGUCCAAGCCUUUUGAAGACAUGCUGAUAUCUCGAAAAAGGGACGGGCAGGACAUCCGUGAUGGCAUCAUCCAUUUCCACAAACAGAAAUCCAACCCUCCCACUGCCCCAUGGCCACGCCCACCUAACAUCACUACAGAGAAACACCUCAAUAGCCGAUUCCAUAAGUACCUAAGGCUUACCACAUUCCAACCCAUAGACAGGGCAUAUGAGGAGAGAGAGAAAGAAGAGAGUCUGAGGGAGCGAGCCCAGCAAGUGAUGAAGGUACAGGAUCAUCGUGAUGAAGCACGAGGUCGUCGUGAAGGAUUCAUGCGUGCUCAAAGGAGAGAGGCGCUACAGAGACAGAAGUGGGAGCAAGACAAACUGGAGCAAACACUCAAACUGCAGACAGCCAAACAGGAGCAGGAGGUGCAGCUAGUUCGUCAGAAGUACCGCAGGUUUUUGGUGGAGAAGCAGAUGAACAUGAUGGAGCAGGAGGCAGUGAAGCGCUUCAGCCGACAGCAUGGUGCUUUGUCUAAAGCCUUUAGUAAACACUACACUGAACACAAACCUGGUAAGACUCUGCAUGAGAGGAGAUGGCAAAUCGCUACACAGAACGCUGGCUUGCAGACUGUGCAGAGACACCUGGAGAACAGGCAGCAGAGUAAACCGAUGAUGUCUUGGACAUCCAUAAACUCUCUCCCAUUUCAAAAACAGCAGGUCUCAGACAUCAAUCAAACCUCACAUUACAAAUCAGCUGAAAUCCAGCCGAUACGAGGUGGACGUACAGGAGACAGAAGUGCUAAACACAAUGUUGAUAAAACCAGAUUUUUAAAGCUUGUUGAGACAAAAGUUGAUGUUGGAUUGUCAAAGCAAGUGCUAUAAGAAGCGUCUUAUGCUAGGAUAGGAUGCCAGUACUUUUGGAGGCAAAUGGAUACCUGUGUGUGAUGUCACCAAGAUACACAUAACCCAGUUCUCCUCACUGAGAUGAGUGUUUGGAUAUGUCACAUUUUUACUGCAGAAAUAUUGUGAUUCCACUUAUUAUUGAAUGAAUAGCUUGAUAAAAAUAUUUAUACUUUCAUCAGAACCAAUGGCCUAAAUGAGGUGGCUGAAGUAGCUUGAAAGCUGAGUUAUAAACCUUAGCCACCAAAGACCAGGAUGACCAACUGGAGAUGUGGUAGCUCAGUGGUUAAGGUGUUGGAUUACUGAUCAGAAGGUCAUGGGUUUGAACCCCAGGUCCACUAAGCUGCCACUGCUGGGCCUUUGAGCCCCUUAACCCUCAGCUGUAUAAAUUGAAAUAAA